AUGUUUACCUGGAUUACUGGCCCCCGCAUCACCAACGUGCGCACCGAAAAGACCCUAUGUUCCGCCCGUGUGCUCAUUGAUUGUGUAGAGAACAACUACGAGUCCACCUUUCUCGAACCGCCCGAGACUCCGGCGCACCAGUUCGCCGUGAACGCGUUUAAACAUGCAUUGUUCGGUACCCCAGCGCCCGAAGACGCCAGUAACCCUUCCAAGCGGAACGACAAGAAGGCGAAGAUAGACGCAGCAAACGCAAAGAAUAUCGUCAUUACUCCGCCGCCUGACGAUGGCCCACUCCUAUCGCCCUCGAAGCAGCCCGGAGGCAUACUCAUGACACCCGGUACUGCAAGUAAAGGAAGGAAGACAGUGUCGUUUGGGUCCCAUGUUGUGGACAAUGAAGGCAAACGCGGAAACAUUGGAAAGAGUGGUAUCCCGAAUGACUGUCCGGGGAAGUUCCCCAGUCCUUGGACACCAGGCACGCAACUGAAGUUGGAGCCAGGAAGCGACAAGCGACCACGCACAAAAUUCACCGAAGCGCUGCUGGACGCACGAACUACCACGCAGCCAAAGUCUGGUCAGAAACCAAAAGCAAAGGACGAUAGCGAUAUAACGAUUGAUCUGGGAGCGCCACGGUCUGAGUCUGGAAAGUACUGGAAGGAGCAGUACGAAAGCUAUGCCGAGAGGAGUGAGAAGGAGAUGAAGAAGGUCAUUGCGAAACAACAGCUGGCCAAGAAGUUUGCUAUGAAGAAAGACAGCGAAGUCACCGAGUUGACUACCAAGUUUGAGCAGGAACGUAAGAAGUUCAGGCAACGGGAACGAGAGCUGGAGCAACAAAACCAGGAUUUCCAGGACAGGCUGAGUCAAGCUGUGGCGGACAACACGUCCGCGACCAUGGAGAUUGCCGCACUUAAAUGCCGCAUCGCGGUACUAGAGCGAUCUUCAUCCGACUCCAUGCAGGAUAAGCCACCAUUCCAGAUAUUCGAGGAUCCGAGCAAGGACGCAAUUCGAGCUACGGCUGGACAACAGCGGGGUGACGAAGCAUCGUUCGCGCCAUCGGUCAGUAUGGCGUCUUCUGGUAAGGAGAACCACUCCCCUAAGCCCCGGCGCCAGCAUCGCCAGAGCGUGCCAGAUAGAUCUGCCCAACGGGUCACUCAACCAAGAUUUGGGACGUCGCAAGGCGAGGUGUCAAUUGUUCUAGGAAGAUCUCCAAUGGCGCCAGCAAAGCCUGAUGAGCAAUCACCAGAUGUAAUACCAGCGUUCAUCGCAUCAGAGCAGAUACCGAGGUCACCACUGCAAGCGCGAAAGACCGAGCCAGCGAAAGAAAAUUACGCGCCAAAUUCGCCAGAUGCAGUGCUGCCGUCAAGUCCCCUGCCCAUGCCAUCUCCUGGUAUCGAUCCGUGGAUGGACCUGAACAACGAGAGCUCGAUACAACCUGUUGACAAGAUGGCAAUGCCAAACUAUUCUAGCAAACCUUUCUCGAGACCAGAAUGGGAACCAGCACCAAAGAGUCAACGUGCUACGAAGCCAACAUCGCAGACCAAGCACGCAGCGCCACCAAAGCUCGAAGAUCGAAGAACCGAGAAGCUUGCCGCGUCUGAGGUCAAAGCAGAUCUCUCGACUGGUCAUUCUCGACCCAUAAGAGCUGCGCGCGACGUCCAAGAUCGACCAAGUGCUGCUACCUCAAGCGACAACCAUUGCAUCAAUGAAGUCAAGAAGACAAAUGUCGUAGUUCCGAAAAAGACUGAUGCAGUCACGAACCACUCACCAACAGAUCCAAAGUUUGACCUAUCGAAGAUUACUGCACACCAUGCAGAAGGAUCGUCGCUGGUGAAGAAGGAUCGAGCUGAAAUACUUCCAUUAGACAGGAAAGAGCAAGCAAGGAAGCGGCUUGAGGAGCGGAAGAGGCUGAGGAAAAAUGCCCCCUCCUAA